GCGGAAAAAAAUGAGAAAGUGCGGGAAACACAUUUGGCAUAUGUUUGGCGGUAAGCGCGGCGCAGAGCUUGUGACUGUUUGUUGCUCGCUUUUGUGUUAAACCGUGUUAUUUGAAUGGAAAUAUUCACUUUUCCGUGCGAGUAUAGCGAUUGUGUUGUGCUGCGUAGGCACUGAACAGCUUGCUGCUGUGAGUGAAGGUUGUCUGUCGAACACCACCACAACGAAGACGCCAGGGAGACGCCGGAGUCGCUGCUUCUUCAUGACGCCAUAGAUAAUGGCAAUUCCUCAAAAUAUAUUGGCGUGAAAGUUGCUGCCGCAUUCAUUGUUACAAUUAUGCAUAAAUUCCGGGAAGACGUCAAGGAUACUAUACUCCAGCUCGUGAAGUCUCUCGAGUGCCCUAUUUGCCUGGAAAUUCUGCGGGAUCCAUUGUCGACAAGCUGUCAUCAUCGAUUCUGCAGAUUAUGUCUGGAAAAAGCCCUCCAGGACAAGUACAAGAUUCCAUGUCCCCUUUGCAAAACUGUGGUCACAAAAAGGAGUCUCACACAGAGUGACCUCAUAGUCAAGCUCGUUGAUAAGGUGAAGCAACUGGUGUGUGCUGUCAAGAACGAUGCAGGUGUGGAAGUCACAUCACCAAAGGGCCAGCUAGAAUCGGCAGACACAUCGCUGGAGCAGCCUUCAGUCCUUUCAUCUGUCCAGAAAGCGGUGACAUCGUGCAAGAGUUCCCUGACAUUUGGCUCACGUCCAACGACCAAAAGGGCAUUUGUUGUGCAUACUGAUGCAGACAUUGUUGGUGCUGUUAGCAAAAAGCCACGGUCUACUUCCACUACUGUGCAUGACAAGCUGGGAGCAUCUAAGGACAUCGAGUCUCAUGGAAGUAAUAGCUCUAAGAAACCAAAUGAGAGCUUGCAAAAUGGCAAAGAUAACGGUCAUGCUAGAACAAAGUUAAUUCACGCUGCACAUGCCAAGUUAUCAUCAGUAGCUUCUGCUAGCAUUACCGCUGACAAUGUGUCCCUGACAUCAACAUGCUCAGUGAGACAGGAAUGCCAUUCAAACUUCUCAGAAGCUCCCAUGGACGCAGAAAUGCAGCUAUGCAACCUGGGCACUGGCAGGAACUUGGAAGAAAGUGGUGAAAAUCAAUCUGAAAAGGUGCAAGAUUGGCUUAAAAAGUGCGAUAGCAUUCCUCAGAAGAACCCACCUUCAGGACAGGAAAGGUCUGAAGCUCAGGAAAGCUGCAAUGUUCCCACAGAAAAACAGCUUGGUUCGAACCGCUUCUUCACCAUGGCCAAUCAAGAAUCUAGUGUUUCAGCAAAAAGAAAUUCAGUGCUAGACGUUUCAGACACUGACCCAUACAAGUUCAUCCCAAGUCAAAAGUCUGUGCAAGCAGCACAGCGCGGUAAGAGGAGACGGCUCCGCGGGAGUGGCCGUGCAGCAGGCCUAACGGCAAAGCGUUCAUCACGAAGAAAGUCUGACCAUCAAAAGUCUGUGUGUGAGUUUGAGAAUUUGAGAGACCUGUUUGCAGAAGGGGAGGCCCAAGAAAAAGAUGAUGCCCAAGAGCUUGAGAUAGAGCUCUUUGUGACGCCAGGUGUCAGGCCCUGUGUUGAGAAAAAGGUUGUUAAUCAGAGAAGGUCCCACACAACAGCAAGAAAGCGACCAAGGAAGAUUAAGAGCAACCUACAGCUGAAGCCGUUGGAAGAGCAAGCAGAGGAACUUCAAAGAAAAAUUUCAGAAGCUGAAAGCCAUGAGCUUGUGAUUGUGAAAGCUUUGCCUGAAAAUGUGGAGGGCAGGCACACUGAAAAGAUCAGGAAUACUAAUGCUCUGAAGGAUGUUUCCAACCUGAAGGCCCAAGUAGAAAAUAAGGUGCAAAAUGUCACCGCAUCGUCAGUGCGUAUGUCGCCAAGUGAAGAAGAGAACCUGCUUCAGCAACCUCCUCCCGAGGUUGAUGAGCCAAUUACUUGCCAAGCAGGAAAGACCAGCACGAUACUGCACUUCAAAACGCGUGUCGAACCAACGAAGGAAAAGGAUAUUGUUGAUUUGUGUUCUGAUGAUGAAGGGAACAGGGUGGAAGCUUCCGAGAAAUGCAAAGAUUCAGCACCAGAAGGCAUACCUGGCGAGGUGAGACCUGAUGAGAGUUGCAUUCACAAUGACACACAUAGAAAUGCAGCCACCUCUGGUGGAUCUUCUGCCGAUGUCCUUUGCAGUUUGGGAGGUAAAGGCACCAAACAAAGUGACAGUGCUCCAGAUGAACAGUGCCAGAAGGACAAUCAGUCAGAGGAGCAGAGUAGUGGCCGUCCACUGUCUCUCAAGGACUUUGAAGGAAUGUUCAAGAAGUCAAGCAGGAAAACAUUUGACCUCAAUGCUAGUACACAGGAUUUGGAAUCGCUCGGUAGUGGAGCGGUGGACACCCUUGAACUGAUGACAGAAGUUUGCAAUAGCCUGAAGCAGGUUCCGGCUAGUGAACCAGAUAUAGCCCCAGUGUAUGAUGAGCCACAAUCUACAGUCAUACACACCAACUGUGAUGCAAACCCGCAAGUCAAUGUACCACAAGUGAGAGAUACAAUGUUACCUCAUGAAAAUAACAAAGUAGACGGGUAUUCUUGCUCUAGUAACAGUGCACACAUGAGCAAAAAUGACAGACACUCAUCUUCGAGUUCCAUCAGUUGUCCUGCUUCAAUAGUUACUCCUGUUGUUGAACCAGGUGCCAAGGAUGGUAGUGAGGAUUUAUGUCACGUGACCAAUACUGAAUCAGCUUGUCCAGCAUGUAAUGCACACCUCUCUUUAGUAUGUGUGGAUGGCAUCAUCAAAGUAAUACUCAAAGGGCAGCCACAGAAGCCAGCCCUCGUAGAAGUAGGAAUGUGCACCGAAAGGCCUUUUACAAAGGUCAUCAUUUGUAGAGAAGCUAUGACUCAAACUGAGAGCUCUGAUAUUAAGGAACUUGAUCCCGGAAGCUUUGGUGAUAGUUCCUCAAGUUUGCCAUCGCCUCACCUGCCGUCGAUAGCACCUGAUGCCAUGCAAACACAAACUGCAGUGAUUGAAAAUGGUGCAACUGGCAAAGUGCUUCAUAACACUAAGGAUCGCUCUGUUUCAAACACUUCAAUCCAGUGUAACAACAGUUCUGCGAGCGCCGCCUUUAGUGGCCUUGAGGAAGAGCCAGUCAUGCUUGGUUUUGUGCAACAUACAACACCGGCAGUUGAGGUUGCAGUGCUGAAAACUUCGAAAGAAAGUGUGGACUCCCACCAUGCUAAUAAGCAGAUUCAAGGCACAGAAAUACUAUGCGAAAAUACGGAAGAUCAGGCAGUCCUGACAAGCCGAUCUAACCUCUUUCAAGCAUCACAGUUUGGGCUGAAGACAAUUGUCGAAGACACUGAAGAGAUGGACACUACCCCAUCGAUAGAAUCAAAGAAUAUAGACAAACUCCCAAGCAGCAGUAGACCUUUGCUAAGUGAAGAUAAUCCUCCCAAAUGUGAUUGGGACGAAAACAGGGAAAAUCAGAGUCAGCUUCAGUGUUCUGCUGAGAAGUCCCUGUUAAAGAGCCAAAAUGAAGCCUUUUUGAGACGAGAGGGCGCGAAACUUCCAGAGCUUGGACGCAAAUGUUCAGGUAGUGGUCUCCCUUCAUGCCACCCUAAAAGAGUGCUACCUCAAUAUAAACAGAGCAUAGGCUGCAGUUCCAAACAUGAUGGAAUGGAGACAGGCAAUAAUGACAUCAAUUCUUGUAGUGGAGAAGAAUGCUUUCCAUCAUACAAGCGUAUGCACCAAAGCAUACAAGAGGAGCGUCAUGACCCCGAGGCAUUGCCUACUGAAAACACCUGCCACCAGCCUGCACCUACCAUGCAUUCGUCUGGUGUCGCUAGUGGGCCAGUACCAGAAGCAAAGUUUGACCAAGACCUAAGCAGUUCUGUGACGCCUUCAUUUGCAACAGCCUACGAUGAAUCUGAUUUGCAGAAGGCCUCUUCACUUCGUGCACAUGGUGCGUGUUCCCCUGAAAAUGUUGUUGCCAGUGGUGGUCUCGAAGUAGUUGCCCCAAACCAAGACGACGGCCACACUUCGGAGGAGUCUUCACCAUGGUCUUCUCCAAUUCUCAUCAGAAGGGCAGCUCCGCGAAGUGUCAGGAACAAUGCAAGAAAGGCCUUGGUGUCCAGUGACACGACCUCUCGGGAAGAGACGCCUGACUCCUGCGAAAUCAUCGAGGCGUCUUCCAAAGCUGAUUCAGGGCGCAAGUCAUCCAGGCAGGUGCCUAGUAUGGCCGUGGAAAGUGACAGCGACAGUGAUCCUGUGACAGAAUCGGAGGCCGAAGAGCUCCUGAGGCGUGCAGUGCAGGAAGACAACAGCGAAGAAGCUGCUGUCAUUUUUGCUAAGCGAGCUGUUGCACCUCUUGAAGUAGGUAAAAAGCCACGUGUGCCAGUGCAGCAAAUGUUGAAGAGGUCUUCCUUGUCUCCAGAAAGGCACCACAACAUCGGGCGACCCACUCAGCAAUCUGGAACACCUUCGCAAGGGAAAUACCACAGCCACUGGAAGAAGCAUGACAGCUCCAUGAACGAUGGUGACAGCUCCGAGAAUACUGGCGGACGCAGCAUGGCGACCCCUAUGUCAAGCACACUUUCAGAAGGCCUAGACAGAACACUGAAGGAGAAGCUGCUAGAACAAGACAUUGAAGAGAUGAAGAAGCAGAUGAUGAUGUUGGAGAAUGAGCUGCAGAAAACCACUGUUGGAAAGAGAAUAACUGACAGCUACUCCCACAAAGAUUCGUCUGCCAACAACGUCGUUGCCAUGAAUGGUAAAGACGACAAUUGGGACUGGGACGACAGCGACGGUGCUGAUGAAGCUAUGGAACUUGUGCCCCCAACACCACCGAGGAAGUCGCGGUCCAGCAAUGAUGAAUCCUGUUACAGCACCACAAAAUAAGCAGCAUGGUCCAGCUUUUUUUUUUUUGUAUAGAGUAAAAUACAUCUUCAGAAUUUUGAUCUCUUAAUGCACAAGGUCACACAUAACAUUUACACAAGCCUUUUGUAACAUUUCUAGCUUUCGGACACUUGUGCCUUAGUAUGUUGAGUGAAGCUGACGAUGCUUGAUAUUUUCCUAUAUGAAAGCUUUCCCCAAACCUAGAAACAUAUGUCUGGGAAUAAAGUCACUUGCUGCAGUUUGCACAGAAUUCCUCACAUGUGAUGCUACUACUAAGGUGCUUAUUUGAUUAAUGGCCAGUUUUCUACUGUCACCUCAUAAGCUCAUCUAACAAGUUUAAGGCUACAUUUAUUCUACGACUUGCAUUUUGUAAAAACAUGAGAAAAAGAACACACACUCAUAUGAUAUUGUAAAUAAAAAAAUAUAUUUGUGCACUUCUUCA